CGCUUUAAUGAUCCACCAAUCAUCCACGUCUGCCGAGCGCGGCUGCCUGUGGACAUUAUGGAGAGACGGAGACAGAGGUGGACGCGUUUUUCUAUCGUAACGGAGAGAGCCGAGCUCUGUCACAGGAAUAAAAAAUAAACAAGAGUUUGCCUAUGUAGACAGGAAGUUUGAAAGGGACGACAAUGUGCGCGCGUGGGUUUCUAUUUCACUGAUCCUGCUCCGUGGCGUCAAGUUGCACACGGGAGCAGGGAGAAGUUUCAAAUGGACAGACACUUGGAGCAACAAGCAUGGGAUUAUUUUUGUAAUGAGGAGGAUUGCUAUACCCUGUCAAGAGAAUAAAGGUCUGCUGCGGAACAAUGUGAGACGUUGUGCGUCUUGGAUUCUUGUGUUUCUGGAUAUCUUGAAAGUCAUUGGCAAAAGUUCAGAAGUAACAAGUUAUGCGCAAAGCACUGAACGCUGCGACCCCGGGGCCAACAUGGAUUUGCCAUUACAACCCCCUGCCCCUUUUUUAGACAUGUUUUAGCCGGCCUGCUCGUGUUGUUGUUUAUGUUGUUGCUGUUGUUGAAAACUUCAUGUUUGAGAAGAAAUCGCCUCGUUGGCCCCUUGGAUUUUAAAACGUCGCCUGCCUUUGGAUUGGAUUUCCAACACCAUGAACUUUAUUGACAGUUUGACACUAUUAUUUUUGACGCUGUCAGCUGUCAAGAGCGCCCACAUACCGAAGGAAACAGAAAGAGGUCCACAUGACGUGAUCCCUUUAAUGGAGGUCUACAACAAGAGCUUGUGCCAGCCGCGGGAGCUGCUGGUGGAGAUCCUACAGGAGUAUCCGGAGGAAGUGGAGCACAUCUUCAUCCCGUCCUGCGUGGUGUUAACACGAUGUGCGGGCUGCUGCAACGAUGAGAUGCUGCAGUGCAUGCCUACAUCAAGCUACAACAUAACGAUGGAGAUUAAAAGAAUAAAACCCCAAAAACAACAAAAUGAUAUUUUCAUGAGUUUCACAGAACACAGCGCAUGUGAGUGUAGGUUAAAGAAAGAAGUGAAAGAACAGAGAGAAAAAAAACCCCGGAAAGGCAAGGGUAAAGGCCAAAAGAGAAAACGAAAGAAAAACCGCGACAAAACAAUUCACGAUGCUGUUUGCGAGCCAUGUUGUGACCACUGCUCGGACAGGAGGAGGCGUUUGUUCAUGCAGGAUCCUGCAACCUGUCGGUGCUCCUGCAAACACACUGACGAAUAUUGUAAAGACCGCCAGCUAGAGCUCAAUGAGAGGACCUGCAAAUGUGACAAGCCCAGAAGAUGAGAGAGUUGGGAGCACCAGAUGAAGGAAUAUUCUAAAGAUAUUUCACAGCACAGCACUUUGACCUUGAACCGUAAGCUCUUCUUUUCUGUGGAAAGCAUUCCCCUUGGACUGACUGAGAGAGAACAGAGAGAAAGACUGAACUUCCUCCCAUUGUAUAUCUGUGUGUAUAUAGACCAUGAUAAAAUUUUUAAAAAGUACAGAAUUGUUAUGCUGCUACAGAAACAUUACUAAACCCAUCAUUUUGACAAUAAGCAAAUAGCCGCCAUGUGGUUUUGCAUUUCUAACAGGCUUGCAAUGCAGGUGUAGUUCUGUUGUCAAAUUUGUUGAAUGCAAUUACUUCACUGGAUAUGAGUCUACUGUGGUUAUGUGUCAAUCAUAAAUUGCAAAACCUUUCAAUCUAAGAUAUAUUUAACUGCUAAAACAGCGGGUGAGGCCGAGGAGGACUUGGGAACGCUCUCAUUUUCAAAAAGGGAUGAUGGAUUUUUUUCCCGGUCAUUGUCUACGUUUGCUUUUUCGGAGUAUAAAAGCAGGACUUGCGGAGCAGCUGAUGGAAAUCUGUCUGGACAUGAUGUCGCCUCCUUUCCCGUGAGGACAUUGCAGGAUUGACGUGGACUUACACAAUGUCACUAUUGUGAGCAGCUUGCAGGAGAAGAGACUCUGGAGUGCCAUAUACUUUAAAAGGGAUACCGGUUAUCAAUAUAGCAUCAAAUGUUUUGCUAUGUCCUACAUGAAAACCACUGAAAACAUCCUAUAUACUGUAGUGUGAUUCCAUUUGAAAAACUGUGCCUCACAAAAUGUACUGAGAAAUCUUUCAAGUGCUUUUUAAAUUAUUUUCUUUUCCUUUUUUCAGGAGAGGGGAUUGUCAAAGUAGUUUUUUAGUUGUUGAACUCAAUACAAAAACCAUUGAUCACGUAUCUUCUUCUCUGAACUUGUACAUACUUAAUAACCCUUAAUGCCAUAGUUCAUCCUAGAUAAUUUAUAAUGUCUUAGAGUAUUUUUCAGUAUUCAGUCUUCUACCUAUAUUUAAUUUGGUCUAUUUAUAUAUGCAGUGUUAUGUACUUGUAGCUGUCCUUCCCCCUCCCCCACGUUUAAGGUCACUGACUCUCAGCAUGGAUCCUCACCAUGCUUUUCUAGGAAACAAUGAGAGAAAAAUCGAAACUGAUUUGAGAACAUUCCCUAAAUCGAUAAUUUUACUGGCGCACUGAUGGCAUCUCUUUCUGGAUUUUUGUUUUUUAACCCCUCUUGACUAAGGGUGCGGGUGCUGUGUAAAAAAUGUAACGUGUAUCUGUGUACAUGUGUGUCUGAGUGUGUGUGUUUCGCGUUCAUUUGUCGUUGUGCACAUCUGUGUGUAGGUUUAAGUAAGAUGUAUUUAAGUCAGUAGUGGACCUCUGUCUUGUCCGUCCUGCAAAGAUGCAAAUGAAAAUAAACAAUUGCUAGUGGCUUAGCAUAAAGUAUCACCACCGAUUUAAAAUCCAGAUUACAAUCUGCAUCCUCUCGGCCAUCAGUCUUCGAGCCCUCAUCAUUAGUCAUCAUUUGUCUCUUCUUCAAUAUUAACAUGUCUGUGUCUAUGUAAAACAGUAAAGCAUAUUUAUUUUCAAAUUAUAUUGUUUUUAUAUAAAAUAAGGAAAAGGUUGCUGUGUUGUGAAUGCUGUGUUUUCAAGAGAUUUCAUCCGUCAACAUGAGAUUUCCAUUUUUUUGUGUGCAGCAAGAUGAUGCUCGCCACUACUGCAGAAUGUAACCUGACAUCAAAUAGAUCAGAGAAAUAAGAAAUUCCUGCAAGCUUUUCAUGAUAGACCCACAGUUUUUCAGCCUUAUGAAUAAAAUGGCACUUUGAAGCA